AUGGAGAUUGAUCACCCCCGAUUGAGGCGUAACAAAGCGACGACAUUUUUGCCGGACAAAGUAUUUGACCUAAGCCAUGCGUUCGUCGUCCCGCUGAAACACGUGCCCAUCGACGGGCUGAUGGCCUUGAAAAAUUGCAGUGAAUCGCCGCUUGCUGACAUCAGUAUCCCGGUGUGCAGCAGCAACAGCCCUGGCCCCUCCUCACCAAAGGGUUCGACCGCGUCGGCUGAUGGAUCGACCGGGGAGACGGACUACAAGACCCUGACUUCACUUCCGCUCGGUAUGCCCGCACGGUUUCCCAUCCACAAAUCAUACUCGCAAGAACUGCUGGGAGCCAUGAGUCUGGCGGCCAUGAUGGAAGAGCCAGAGAUGAUGUACACCUACUUACUUCAAUUGAGUCAAUGCUACGAGGCGAUGGCCCCCAAUCAGAAAGUGGUCGCUUUCACGAGUGAUAUGCCCGUCCGGAAGGCUUUUUAUGGGCUUGUAUAUAACUCUACAAGAACUGGGUUAAUCGUGGAUUCGGAGAGUUACAACAUUAUUGGAGUCCUGUCAGUCACCGAUUUUGUCAUGGUUUUGAUGAAAUUGUGGAAAUAUCAACAACAGGUUACCAAUGGCGACAAAAACGAAAACGUCACCACCGAGAAGCUGACCGACCUGGUCGGCUGCAUGCCGGUGGCGCGCUGGAAAGAGCACCAAAAACUGGACGGCGACUGCUACCGGGAGUUUAUUACGGUAGAUGUGAAAGACAGUCUAUUCCACGCCAUCGAAAUCCUCCGAAAACGGAGAGUUCAUCGUCUGCCUGUUAUGGAUUCUGCCACAAAUGACUGUAUGUUCAUCCUGACCCAUCGAAGAGUGCUGCAUUAUUUGUGGAACUUUUGCCUCCUACUCCCAAAGCCCGACUACAUGACGAAGAGUAUAAAGGAGUUGAAGCUGGGCUGUUGGGACAAUAUUGUUUCCGUUGACGAAUCUACCACCCUCAUCGACACCCUCGAUCUCCUCAUUGGUGAAAAGAUCAGUGGGGUUCCAGUUGUCCAAAACGGCACUAAAAAGGUCGUAGCAGUCUACACCCGAUUCGACGCAAUCGCGGUUGGGUUUGAUGAAAAGUUGCAACAGUUGAAUAUGUCGGUGGCGGAAGCAGUUGAGGAGAGGAGAAAACUAUUCGGUGGUGUUUCCGGAAAGGAAUCCGUGGUCACUGUGCAAGAAGAUUCGACAUUUUGGAGUGUCCUCGAGACGUUCAUCGAAAAGAAUGUACAUAGACUAUUUGCUGUUGAUGAUGAGGGUAGCCUAAAGGCUGUGAUCUCGCUGUCGGACAUGAUUUGGUACAUGGCCAUCCGGCCGGACGAGGAAAAACGGGCGAACAACAACGACAAACCA